GAGGGCACGUUUCAAACUAAAUAAGGAAGCCUUAACAAACUCUUAAGGCUGUUUUCACCAGAGUUCAUUUCACCCAUCAGGCCGGCCUCAGCUGCAUUCCCAUUUCUGUACAACCCCGUGCGCUGCUGGGAACCCACCACAGCCAGAGCCCCAGCAAAAACCACGUGAGGAGCUGAGAAGGCUCCAGAACUGGUUUCAACAACCUUUCAAGUCUGGGAGAUCAUCAAGAGUCUGGCAGUGACACUGACAAUAAUUGCCUCUGUGGGAGGUGACUAAAACCAAAGAGAUGGAAAGACGACGACCAUGCAAAUGACAGGGACAGAAACAGAUGUCCCACCUGUAACCUUUGCUGUAGCAAUGCUUUUGGAGAGCUUAGUGGGAAACUAAAGUGUCAGAAGUUUCAUAUAUUGCUUAGGCUGAAUCCCUUUUCAGCCCCUUUUGAAGUAUCUCUUGUAUCAGCAAUCAACUCCAGAGGCUGGGACACCAGGUAGGAGGAGGGGACAUCAGUGAAGGUGUCUUGCUCCUGGAACACCGCCUUGCACGUCAGCUGGCACAAGGCCUUUCUACCUCUCAUUGGAGUGUUCCUUGGUGCUGGGAGGUGAGCCAGCACAGCCCCCCACAGCAGCACACACCUCCUCUCACCCCCGGGACGAGAUGGCCGCCCUCAUCGCUGAGAACUUCCGCUUCCUCUCCUUGUUCUUCAAGAGCAAAGACGUGAUGAUCUUCAAUGGUUUGGUGGCCCUGGGCACAGUGGGGAGCGAGGAGCUCUUCUCGGUUGUUGCCUUCCACUGCCCCUGCUCCCCUGCCCGCAACUACAUCUACGGGCUGGCUGCCAUUGGUGUCCCAGCCCUGGCCCUCUUCCUCAUUGGCGUCAUCUGGAACAACCACACCUGGAACCUGGUGGCCGAGUGCCACAAACGUGGUGUCAAGAACUUCUCUGCCGCUGCCACCUUCCUCCUCUUUGGCUCCAUCAUGGGCCGGGCAGCUGUGGCACCCGUCACCUGGUCGGUCAUUUCACUGCUGAGAGGGGAAGCUUACAUCUGUGCCCUCAGUGAGUUUGUCAAGCCAUCCUCCCUGGACAAGUUUCCACCUGAGUACGGGGCUGAGGUGCUGGCCAGGUUCCCCUGCAGAGAUGUACCAGCAAACCUCACCAAGUUCAGGGACGAGGUGACACGGAGGCUGAGAUACGAAUCCCAGCUCUUUGGCUGGCUGCUCAUUGGCAUCGUUGCAGUCCUGGUUUUCCUCACCAAGUGCCUGAAGCACUGCUGCUCGCCACUGAGCUACCGGCAGGAGGCUUACUGGGCCCAGUACCGCUCCAAUGAGGACAAGCUCUUCCGACGUACAGCCGAGGUCCACUCCAGGAUCCUGGCAGCCAAGAAUGUGAAGCACUUCUUUGGCUUCGUGGCACUGGACAAGGAGGAAAAGGAGCUGGUGCAGGAGUUCCCGGUGGAGGGCGUCCAGCCGAGCCCCCAGUGGAAUGCCAUCACAGGCGUCUACAUCUACCGGGAGAACAAGGGCUUCCCCCUCUACAGCCGGCUCCACAAAUGGGCCAAAGGAGUGGAAGGGAAUGGGCCAACCCCAGAAGGCCAUGAACUGCUCUUUUUGGCUUCCUAAGACAGAUGGGUGCUGGCAGUGGUUCCCCAGACUGCCUGGCAGGCCUUCCAUAUCAGUGCACAGUGAGGGAUUCACUGGGAACAUUCCUCCUGGAAGGAUUACUUCUCUCAGAUGGCAAACAGGGACGAACAGCCUCAAGGUAGAGAGUAGAAAGCAACACAUUGAGCUGGGGAACCCCUCCCUCAGAGACAACAGUCUCACUGCUGCUCCCAGAGACACGGGUGAGCAAAGAGAAGGUGCAGCCCUUACCUCCAGGCUGUCAGUGCAUCCCAUCUGAUGCUCCAGCAGAAGCCUUCAGGAGUGAGAGAUGGGCACAUUUCUCACUGCGACUCCUUCAUUUCUCACUGUGACACUUGUCUCCCCUGUGGCAGAGUUAGCCCCAGCCAUCCCACACAUCUACUUGUUUUAUUGACAUUGGUAUCUUCUUACCACAGUUGUGCAAUGCCUGUUACACAGGCAGGCCCAGAGCACUUUACAAACUUUACAGUACAGGGAAAAGAGGGAAACAGUAAAUUCCUGUGGAAAGGGGGAUGCAAUAUCAUCUGGGAAGGAACGGAUCAGUAAUAUAGCCACACACCAAAUAACUGAAAGACUAAGGCAGGAGGAAUCACCAAUAUUCCUGGUAUUCAGAAAGGCACUCUGUAAUUAUUAAGUUGAAAUUUGGGUAGGACACCAACCUCCCUUUGUUGUUACUGAAGUGCCUAACAAUUGCCCAAAUGGUCACCCCCCCUUUUAUAAACCCAGGGGAGGCCAUCAGCAGAAUAGUUUUUGGGCAAAGUGGUGAGGUGGAGGCUGAGAGGAAUCACUACAGUG